GACUGAAUUGGUCCUGACUGAACUAUAGUAACAGGUGGAUGGACGGGUAGCUGCAGAAUUUACUUGCUACAAUUGAACGUCAACUAUGACACAAGAUAAAAUAAAAAAGACUAAAAGGUUUUGAAGUCUCCUCAAAGAGAGACCUAAGAAUUUAGAAGCAAUCUGCAGCUUUUGUAAUGCAGAAAAUGUAAGCUAAAACAUGAGCAAUUGUUAACAUGCUCACGUUGUAUCCAACGUAAGUGACGACUGUAAAGUGACCCGUGGUCAUUUUAUCCCAACAACUUGAAGCAAAUGUCAUGACAGUCCAUCCAAUUAUUUGCCAAGAAAUGUGCUCAAAAUGCUGUAAUCUAUCUAAAAACUAUUGGAAUUUACCAACAGUAUAUUUGUAGCCCUCAUUAGUAAAUGUGCUAAAAGACAUCAGGCACCAGUAAUGUCAUUCAUACAUGCAUGUACUUAAAAAAUCACCGCACUGUCAUCACCUAAUUUUUUAAAGAAUUCCCGAGCAGUAAAAACUCAAAUAUGUUAUAAAGUAGCAUAUUCUUUUCAUUGCAGUCCCCCGUCUUGAGUUUAUAGUGAAAUCCAUUCGUGACAAGAAAUAGUUUUGGUUUUACCUUAUGGUACAGCUCGCAACAGCAAAGCGCCUCAGGCAUCAACGCCUAUUGUGUGCUGUCAUAUAAUUUGGACUUUGUAGGCUGUUAGGCUUUUCAGGCUGUAGUUGGAUCCAUGAACAAAUGACGCCCACACAGAAUGUUUUGGAUUAAACAUGUUGCUCUAAUUACAACACGACAUUUCCAGCAUUUGCAUCCUGUUUCAAUUCAGACUGUCUUUGUGGCACAUUCUGAGACACACACACACUCAGAAAACAAAGCUGUCCAGAUGCAAAAUAUUAAUGCUUAUUGUAUAAUGUGGAUCGAAGGGAGAUUUUACCAUUGUUUGAUCGUAACUGAAAUGCAACAUCAAAGUUUUCAAAGUGACAUUGUUUUCCUGGAAUUUUUUUAAUUUCCUAGUAACUGCUACUUUGGACACAUUUGUGAGGAAAGAUUUCCAUUUAUGAUUUUUGCUAACACAGUUAUAACAGAAUGAUAGGCAUCGCUUCUGUGACACUGGAUCAUGUAACAUCUCUUUUAAAAAACAGUGUUUACUGUUUAAUCAAGUUUUGGAUAAAGUGAGUAUUUCGGCCAAAGAUUGUUGUGCUGUGACUAAAAACCUGCCAAGACCAUUGUGCAGAGGAGUCCCAUCUGUGUAACCCCAGGUCCACUUUCCUUUCAUGUAAUUGUUUGAUGAUUAAGGUCAAUUACGUGCUGAAUCUUGUCCAUUUUCAAAUUAGCACGUCAUCGUUUACUUCCUCAGAGGGGCAGAGGAAGCCGUCCCCAACAUAAUCCCUGAAACUCUGCCUGCAAUUUUCCUGCUCCAGUGGAGGACAUGAAUGGUGAGGCCCGUUCAUUCAAGACAGUCUGCAGGAUGAUAAUGGUGCUGUCCUGUCUGCAGGCGCCAGCACAAGCAUAUGUUAACUUUCUCCACAGUUUGAACACUGUAAUUGACAAAAGUUAUGAAUACCUGAAGCAGGCAGGGACAGAGAUGGAAAGAAAAACAUGUCUGAAGAGGAUGGUUGUGGACAGAUAACAGGGGUCGUCAUACUUUGUACAUGUUGAAACAAACAGUGAAUAAUACACAAAAACAUGCUGCAGCUUAAGAGUUGGAUUUGUAACUAAGCCGCGAUGUGUUAUAUAAGAAGAAACACAUCCCUAAUUACAGUGUCUACCCUGGUUCGUUAAAUUUUCUGUACCAUAACACUCCACCCUCUCCAUACUCUCAAUGCUAUACAAUAAACAGCAGGCCAGACUUCAAGUGGCUCUCCUAAUGAUAAGGCACAGCACAGUAAAGGGAAAAUAAGGUUGUUAAAAAGCAGGUGUCUGCACUGGGUUCACAGAUGGGAUUGUUAUUGACCAGGCUGGAGGUGAUACGUUGUGGUGUAGGUUUUACAUGCAGCUAAAAAAAAAAAAGUGUAUGUCCUCUAAUGAGAGUGGGUGUCUGGUGAUGGGGCAGCAGCUACGUAGAGGUAGGGGUGGGGGGGUAUUUACCCUAUACCAACAACAUAUUCCACUCAGUCUGAGGAAGACACAAGCGACAUGAGCAAGGGAGGAGGUGUCGUCUCUGAUCAACCAGCUGUGAUGCGGACAGUGGUGCUCCUCCUCAUUAUGGGAAUAGUGGAUCUGAGCACCAGUCAGUAUUACAGUCAUUUCCAGUGGCUGUCCCAUCUGCGAGGGCGGCGGCGCCAUGCCGGCUUGUGGGCCGAGGAUGUGGACUGCCCCCUGGAGUGCGACUGCCCCUCAUCCUUCCCCACAGCUAUGUACUGUCACGGCCGCAACCUUCAGCACGUUCCAUACGUCCCCUCACACAUUAAGUACGUCUACCUGCAGCGUAACCAGAUCACAGGCAUCCAGGAUGGGGUGUUUGACAACGCUACCAACUUGGUCUGGGUCGUGCUGUUUCACAACCAGCUCAGCUCAGACAAGAUCGGCAAGAAUGUUUUCAGCAAGCUCAAGCACCUGGACCGGCUUCUCUUGGAUCACAAUGAGCUCACACGUGUGCCUCCCAACCUGCCCAAGUCAGUCACGGACCUGCGACUUGAUCAUAACAAGAUCACAAAAAUCCUUUCCAGCUCCUUCGAAGGGAUGGCCAACCUCACCACCCUUCAGCUCCAAGCAAAUGUUAUAGAGGACGUUGGAGGUGUGUUCAAGGGACUGAAGUCUCUGACUAUGCUGGAUAUGAGGGAAAACAAGCUGAAGAAAAUCCCCGACAACCUCCCUGAGAGGCUGCAGCAGCUGUACCUGGAGUUUAAUAACAUAGAGAGUGUGCCGCCAGGCUUCCUCACCAUGAAUCCUAAACUGCAGUUUGUCCGCUUGGCUCAUAACAAGCUGACAGAUAAAGGACUUCCAUCCAAUGUCUUUAAUAUCAGCACGCUGGUUGAACUUGACCUUUCUUUCAAUAAACUGGAGAAGAUCCCUGUUGUCAGUAGGAACCUGGAGAACCUUUAUUUACACGCCAAUAAGAUCAAAGAGUUCUCCCUGAGCAGUUUCUGCGAUACAGUCGGCAUGACAAACUUCUCCAGGCUCAGAAUGCUGCGUUUGGAUGCCAAUGAGAUCAGCGCCGAAGACAUUCCUGCUGAGGCUGCCUACUGUUUGCGGCAUGUUGCCUUUAUUGAUGUGUAGCGCUUCCCUCUCGCUCUCUCUCUCUCAACUAUAUUCACCCCGUAUUGUUCACAGUCCGCUCCAUCAAAACAUAUUUGAGAUGAUAUGUUGUUUAACUGUGAUGAGAGGUACUAUUAUUCCAGCUAAUUAAACAGUUCCAGUGUUCGUCAACGGGAAAUGCCACAGCUGUAUAAUCACGUAUCCAGAUGAGUGGCCCAUGGAUGACAAACACCAAUGAGAAAAGUCCAGAUGACUUUCCACAAACUAAUUAGAUGAGCAGUCCGAGUAUUCUGGCAAAAGUUGCAUAAAUAUGAUUUAGCAGAUGACCUCGUCUGCCUGUGUCCUGUCUGGCAACAUGCAACCUGUUAAAAGCCUCCUAUCAUCAGAGUGAGGCUCAGUUUGGAUCUUUGCCUCCACCAUGUGGCACACGGUGAUAAAACAGCAGGUUGAGCAGCCAUGAUACUUCUCAUUAUUUGGCCAGAUCUAUCUAACAUAUCACCAGUGACAGCACUGCUUCUGGUUAAAGUACUUAAUAACUUUUCCAUUAUGUGACCAAGCGUGUCUGUAACACGUGAAAAAUGUAUUUCUACUGAGAGCAGCCUCUUAAAGGAAUACUUCACCCACAAAAUGACCUUUUAUAUAUUAGUCAUGCCAUGUUACCUUGAACUCAUGAAGAAAAUUUUGUUUCAUAAGUAAACAAGUUGAUAGGUUUCAUUUUCAGUUCAUUUAUAAUGUGCUUUUGAGCGAAAAGCAUGUGUUUGAGAAGUACUGAGCACAUGUCUGGAUAAAUGAGACUUGGAUUAUACCGCACGAGUUAUGCCAGAGUUUGUUAACAGAUGUUUUGAUAGAGUUUUGCUGUUGUUAAAUACAAAAGACACGCACAUCCCACUGUCCACCGGAGUGGGUGCUGGACCAAAGAAACAUCUGGCAAAGUAUGAAACAAAUAACUCCGCACACCAAGCAGCUCCUGUUUGGAAGGGUUUAAUGCAGAGUGAAUGUGGUCCUUUAUCAAUCAAUAAAUAUGUUAAGUAUUUUCCAUGGAGGCAUGCAACAGAGACUAAGUUGUUGUUGCAUGCCUCUGUGGUUCGCUAUCCAUACUAAAAUGGUCAUUUUGUGGGAGGAGACUUCUUUUAAAAAACUGUAUCGAAUAACUUUUGUAAAACAUUUACGUCUUUUUGGGGUUUAAUUUCUGAGCCAGUCUGUAUCAUACUGUAUAUUAGAUGAGCUUGACCUGUCAGUAAGCUAAUGUCAGGAUAUUUCACAUGAAUGACACAAUUUUGUUUGUAUCCUACAUCACCACUUUGUACCUAUUAUUACAUCUGAGAAAAGGCAA